UCAGCUCGGCCGCGUCUGUUUCCAGUUUUUCGUGGGACCGCCAUGGCGGCAGACGCAGCCACUGUACGGCGCCUACGCGUCCUCUCCAGGGUCAUUGCUGGCGUCCGCAAGAACAACGCCAGUGCGAAGACUCUCUGGAAUGUAGAGGUGGAAGCUCCGCCACCAGGAGCGGAAGAAGCUCACCGGAUCUUGCUGACAACGGCAGGCCUCUCCUUCGUUGCAGAUCUGACGCGCACUUUCGAGCAUGGCAUACAGGAGCUCUACCGGCGGCGGGCGCAGAGUAAGUGCGAGUUCGCCGACGGCCGGCGGCUCCCAGCAUUCCGCCACGGGGACAACAGUGCCGCGUCCGGCGACUGGAGGGUAGCGCCGGUGCCCAGCAGGCUGACCAACCGUCACGUCGACCUGGGCGAUGUCAGCCCUGCAGACAUCGACCACUUCAGGGCCACUCUGAAAGCCGACGUACAGGGCAUCCAGGUGGACUUCGACGACGGGCACUGUCCCACGUGGGGCAACCAGCUGGCCGGCCUCUUGGCGGUGUACCGCGCCGUGCACGGUACGCUGGAGGGCGCACCUCCCAUUACCGAGUGCCCCGUGCUGAUGCUGCGGCCCAGGGCUUGGAACAUGUCAGAGCGCCACCUGCUGGUAGAUGGCAAAGAGGUGCCGGGAGCUGUUUUCGAUUUCGCUCUCUUGAUGUUUCACUGCGGACACAUCCUCGCUGCGAAUCGGAGUGGACCAUUCUUCUAUCUGUCAAAAGUUGAAGGCGCUUUCGAAGCACGGCUCUGGAACGAAAUAUUUUUAUGGGCCCAGGAUGCUCUGCGAAUACCACGAGGUACCAUUAAAGCAUGUGUCUUAAUAGAAAAUAUUCUGUCGUCUUUUGAGAUGGAAGAAAUACUUUAUGAGUUGAGAGAGCACUCUCUAGGGCUGAAUUGCGGAAUAUGGGACUACGCUGCUUCAAUUAUAGCGAAAUUCGGUGAUCGCAAGGAGUUCGUGCUGCCUGACCGUAACAAGUAUGUGAACAUGGAAAAACACUUCCUGGUGUCCUACAUGCGACUCGUGGUGCAGACCUGUCACAGAAGAGGCGCUCACGCCACGGGAGGCAUGGCGGCGUUCGUAGUUGAAGGCGACGGCAGCAAAGAGAAGCUCAUAGUGGACAAAGUUUGUCAAGCGAAACUGCAGGAGAUUCAACAUGGUGUAGACGGUUUCAUGGUAUAUGAUUUGCGGUUGGUUCCCUACGUAAAUCAGCUGUGGGAGUGCGCCGCUGCCGACGUCAACCAAUUGUCGGUGAUUCACCCAGCGCUGGUGGUAUCUCGCGAGGACCUGCUGCAGAUGCCAGCCGGAGGGGUGACAGAAGAGGGCCUGCGUCACAACAUCGCCGUCGCCGUGCUCUUCGUCUUUCACUGGUUCAAAGGCCGAGGUCACUUCUUCUACAGGGGCUGCGUCGAGGACUCUGCCACCGCAGAAAUCUCUAGGUCGCAAGUCUGGCAGUGGAUACGACAUCAGGUCUGCAUGGAGAAGACGAACGUAAUGGUGACUAAGCAUCUAGUGAAGCAGCUGACAACGGAAUUCGUACAGCAGCACCCGUUCUGCAAGGCGGAUGUCACAAAGAUGCAAGCUGCUGCGGAAGUCUUUAUGGACAUUGUAACCAGACGAGAGUUCCCGGAUUUCAUUACUACUUACCUGAAUCAAUGUCCUAUUUUCUGGCACUUUCAGAGAGUGUGAAUCUUCAGGCAAUACGCUUCACAAGUGGCAGUUACGACAUAAAAGAGCAGAAACGUUGCAUUCUUAAUUACUCUCAUUCUCUACAGAGCAUUUUAGAAUGUCAUUAAGCCCUAGCGAGGCUAUUGAAAAGCGACAGGGUAAACCUGCUGUGGGUCUCUGGUCACUUAGGAAUUAGUGGCAAUGAACAAGCUGAUAAUAUUCUCGAGGGCUUCGGUAAAUGGCUACUAACAUUCUGGGGUCGGAAUUUUUCAUGUCUAACGCGUACUAUACAGAGGUGGAUCAUAGUAACACUGUAAAACAGAUCACAGAGUGAGAUGAUUGGGAAUUUAACAUAUUGAACUUACAAUCGAGAGAAACGAGAUACAGAUUCCUGCCCGACCAUAACUCGUUUUUCCAGAGCGCCUACAAACCGGUUAAUGCGAAAGCCAAUGUGUUUCCUUUGAAACGCGGCAAAUUUCCUUCUCAGUUCGUACCUAACCCAAGAUUAUGCUCUGUAUCUGAUGAACUCGUCGCUUUCCUUCCUUCGUCAUUUUCAGAAAUUUUCAAAGGGAGUGGUGUCCAAUCCAGGUGCCAAAGUUGUCUAUGCUCUGGAACUUCAAUUGAAAUAUUAGAACGCGCCUGCCUAACAGAUUCAAAGAUGUGGUCUCCAAUUCCUUAUCAACCUCCAUGGAAGCUCUUCCAGGUAGCUAUAGGUACUGCACCUCUUGAGAAAAGGAUGUAAAGGAUAGUGGCUGCAACAAAGCCUGAGGUUGGAUUCUGAAAGGAAUCUUACACUUGGUGGCGAACUGUAUCCUGAUGGGUACCAUAGCAGCUGGUUAUUAAAAUUCUGUAUCAAAUCAAACGUCCAUAUCAGUUACCUGUCCAACAUGUGCAAUGUCCUUACAAUGCAUUGGUUCAAGUGAGCAUCGCUUACGGACCAGGCACUCCACUUCCUUCGAUGGCUGCGACUAUUUUUUUCAUAGUAGAGAACCAUCUAGAACACCCCUUCUUUCUCAACGGCUGACUAUGAAGGUCGUAACACUGAUAGAGAACAAACAGUAACGAGUAUAUUAUAGCAGAAAUACUUGGAAGAACAGUGCUGAAGUGCCAGCCUGCAAAUACAAAGGUCAAGCAUUCGAUCCCUGGUCCCUCGCAGAAUUUUAAUCUGUCGUAUUCAGUUCUUUAACCUCUGGCAAUGUUUGUUGAUGCGAAAGACAGCGCGUUGCAUUGUAGUUCGGCUUCCCCUUAUAAACAGCUGGAUGAGUCAGUUCGAUGAUCGGAGGAAGGUAAUGGCGUACUACCUCUAAUAGGACAAUGCAAUGCCUAGUGAAUGUCCUACUCAUCUGGUAGAGCUACAAAAUCUGUUGACGUCACAUUUUCUGAUCCACUUCCAUGUCUGCAACUCCCCUAUUCCCUUAGGUUUACGUUUUUCCAGAUACGCAUCAUUGUAGUAGUGAAAUUUCGUUUUUUACGAACCGCAUUCACGUAAACUGACAGUUAACACCAUUCGAACAUUUUAAAUUGGCCUAAUGAUUACGUUCCUUGUCAUUGAGAUAUGGCAAUCCCUUUUGCACCCCUUACCACAUACAGACACGAUACACAGCGUCCAUUUCUUCAUAUGUGCUCCUAAUUGUUGUCUCCACAAGGUGCUGCUCACUCUGAACACGCUCAGUCGCAGUGUAAUACCUAUAAUUUGCUUGACAUACAUUAUAAAGUGACAUCUGAAACAUGUCAGGCACCCAAUAACAGCUGAACUACACAAUAAAAUAGGGGACAAAACUGGGAAGCAACUAGAACCGCCAAAUGCAUAGACUCCAGCUGCCAACUCUCAUAGGUUCAUAAUUGUUUACUAGGUAGCACACUGUAAUAUUACUGCAUAUUUAAGUUGGCUCAAUGAAGAAUAAACUUCUUAGACUAUCGUAGAGGUUAGGCACUUACGUUACAAUGUGCUUUUGCCAAUGAACAUUGUCUAAUCAAUAAAGAGUUGGAAUUAAGAA